AUGCAGUCCCAUAGGGACAUUCUUUCCCUGUGGAGGUCGCUAUCACUGCUGUUGCUACUGGGCCUGGGGUUGCCUCUAGCCAUCUCCCAGACUCUCAGCUACAGGGAGGCUAUGCUCCAUGCUAUGGAUGCCUUCAUCCAGCAGUCCUUGGACACCAAUCUCUACCUUCUCUUAGACCUGGAUUCUGAGCCCCAAGAGGAUGAGGACCCAGAUACUCCCAAGUAUGUGAGGUUCCGAGUGAAGGAGACUGUGUGUGCCAAGGCAAUGCAGCAGAUACCUGAGCAAUGUGCCUUCAAGGAACAGGGGGUGGUGAAGCAGUGUAUGGGGACAGUCACCCUGAACCCGGCCUCAGAUUCUUUUGACAUCAGCUGUAAUGGGGACUGGAAUAAAAUUGCAAGCAGUGACAUCCUGUGGAAGUAA